UGUGUCCAAUUUUCAAGCAGAAGGUCAUCAUGAGGACUCAUUUGCUGGGCUGGUGGCCUGUGAUGUACCUGAAAGUGGCAGUGUUCUCCUUACUGUUUUACAGGUCAUAUACAUAAAUCUAUGCACACUGAGCAUAUAAGGAAAUAACAAAAUAGAAAUAGCAAAACGGCUUUGCUUUAAAGAUGGACACAAAAGUGAAGCUUUGUUUGCUGCUGGCAUUUUUCAGUCACUGUGAUUCUGCAGCUGCCCAGGACUCCAUUGUUUCAGAUUUGCCUCCAGCUCUGCUUAAAGGACUGAAGGAAAUAAUAUCUGGCAAUUAUUUAAAAGGGCUACUGGACAUAUUGCAAUUUCAAAGUUUCUACAGUAAUGUCUGGACACCAGAUCUAAUUCUGGGAAUAAUGAAAUACCUGUCUGGCCAAAAUGAUCUUUCCAUAGUUAAUCUGCAGGGCUCAGUAAUAAACUAUCUUGAGAAUGUUUCUGAAGACCCCAGGCUUCUGCUAAAGGAAUUACGGCGUCUUGAUUCCCAGCAGUUUCAGCUCUUGAUGAAAUAUUUACUUGGUGCAAAAAACGACAAUUUUGACAUGGCUAAUAUUGUUAUUGAUGUUGAAACGAUCCGGGAGAGAAUAUUCCAGUGUCCAGGAGGAAACAGAACCUUGUUUCUUGUCACCCUUGAAAAAUGUCUUCCAGUCCUGAACUCAGUAGAAUGUGUGGAUCUUGUGAGUCAAGUCCUACGACUGUAUGGACCAAUUUAUCUACAAAAAGAGGUGAUAGAAAGCCUUCCAUCCGAAUUACCAGAGGACCUGUUUAGAAACAUGUCAUCUGUACUUAGGGACCUAUAUGAUAAAAUAUCAGCCAGCACAAGGAGAGCUGUGUAUGAAUGGAUGACUCUUAUUCUCCAGAAAACCCAUAUGGCAAAUGACAUCAAUGGCUCCAUGUCAUGGGUCACAGCAGAUAACCUUUGGAUUCUCGGCAGAUACAUGGUUCAUCUCCCAAUUGAAGAAAUUCAAAAAAUUCAUGUCAAUGAAAUUCGGAUGUUUAUUAGUUAUGAUAAUGCCACCAAGCAGCUGGACACUGUGUACGAUAUUACACCAGACCUUGCCAAAGCUUUUUUGGAGCUAAUAAAUGCCUCUGGAUUUGAUACGCGGAACAUUUCUACUAUAUACAGACUGGGACUACUUGUUUGUUUUUAUGAUAAUGGUCAAGAUCUUGAUUCAGCUGUGGCAAAAGCAUUACUGCACCAGAUGAUUAAAUGCAACCAACUGAGAGGUUUUCACUCAGAUGUGCAAAAGUUGAAAUCUCAAUUUCUGCAAAUAGCCACAUUGAAUCAGACAUUGAAUGAAAGCCUUGGCUCCCUCUCGGACGCUGUGGUUGGACUAACCCUUUCCCAGCUGGAGUCACUUUCCUCAGAAGCUGUGCAAGGGGCUAUCCUAACGCUUCAGCAGGUCUCAGGAUGGACAAAAAGCCAGAUCAUGAUACUGGCUGGAAAGUAUCUCCAUUCAGAAAAGGUGUUAACAUUUUCCAAUAUCAGCCAGUUGGGAGAACUAGUUUCAGGAAUCGGUGCACAAUCUUUCUAUGACAUGAACUCACGGGACCUGUUAACUGCUCUGAAAGUCGGACUUACCCAACAUGCAUCAGGCCUAUCACCAGCACAGCAAGAAGCAAUUCUAAGUAAGGUGCUGUCCUCUGGAGGUUUUCAGGCAGUCGCAUCAGACAUGAAUGGAGUCUUCUUUAAAGAAGUGUCUCUCUCACAUCUAUUAGCACAAGGAGAGAUGGAUGUGACAGUUGUGAAGGAUAAAGAGAUGAGGAAAAGCCAGGCUCUGGUUGCUUAUGAAAAGCUUUCUCAUAAGAUGCCACUGACAGAUCUACUAAGUACAGGGCAGCUGGUGAAAGGACUCACUUGUGAGCAUAUUGACAGCAUGGACAAGCCAAGUUUUCUGAACCAUUACAAGCUCUUAGAGAACAGUCUCUCACUGCUUACUCCUUAUCAGAUACACUGUUUGGCGUGGAAAUAUUGGAAGGUUUCAGAGGCAACCAUCCCGGUUUUUCUUCUGGCUGUCCUUCCGUCAGAGCGCUUUGCAUCGUAUUCCAUUCCUUGUGGGUCUCUUUUAAUUAGUCUUGGAAAGGCUGAACUCAGUUAUUUGGUGUUAAAUGCAAGCAAAAAGGAAAGGAUAAUGAACAAAGUGGAUCAGUGCUUGAAUAGUUCCCUUGCCGAUGCUUAUCAGCUGGACAUGAUUGGAAACCUCAUUUGUCACUUGUCCCCAAAGAUAAUCAAGAGUGGCAUAUCCACAGAUGUCAUUGCAGCGGCUAUAAAUCAUCUGAAAUCCUGUCGGAAUCUCAGUCCAAGUCAAAACACAGAAAUUAAAUACCGACUUAUAGAGCUUUAUGGACAUCCAUCCAACUGGACUUCGGAAACUGUGCAGGAUAUGGCACCAUUCUGGAAUCUCCUUUCAAAGGAUGAGUUCCUGGAUAUUCUUAAAAAGUUCCAGAAUACAGUAUUGCAGAUGGUAUCGGAGCCGCCAGGAAUUCCUCUCAGCGAGGGAAUUUUAUCAGUUGUAUUUGAUGCCGUUCGUUUACUCGGUGUAAAUGUCUCAGUAGCCAAUCACACUGCAGAUUGCACAGGUAUAAUGGGUCCCUCAGCUGAUGACAUCAUGAGGCUAAUGGAUGCCAAUGCCUUUUGGUCUUCUGCAGAGUUGCAGUGUAUUGACAUAGACACCUUCACAAAAAUAGUGCACAUACUUGGGGCUAUACAAAGCUUUAAUGAGUCUCAGCUGUCAGUACUAAAGGAAAAAGCCAAAGAGGCCUGGGGUGACCUGCCAUCUUGGAAAAGCUAUCAUAUCACCUCCCUUGGACACAUUGCCACAGCACUCAGCAAGCAAGAAAUUGAUGAGCUUGAUUUAAGUAACAUAGAUGCAGUGUCAGCUCUUGGUCAGCAAGCUGAAUGGUCCUCUGUACAGGUAAAGGCCAUACUGCACGGGUUUCUCAAUGAUUCUGCAAAAGCACCAAGUGAUUUGAAAAGUUACCAUUUAGCAGGGCUGGCCGGAACUUUGUGUGCAGCUAAUGCAAAGCAGAUAGAAGAGAUCCAAACUUCAGAGUUCAGAGAUGUUAUUUCAAGGAUCGGCUCGCUGCCUUGUGAGAUGAGCGUUCUGCAGGCUUUCAAAAAUAAGGCAGAAGUGGUUUAUGGGAAAUCUGAUCAGUGGAGCCAUUUUAUUAUAAAUGAUAUUGGGCUCAUAGCAGCUGGCUUAAGCAAGGAGGAGUUCAUGGCUCUUGAUCCAGGACUGAUGCCCUACAUCCAGCCUGAAGCAAUAAAAUACAUACCUGAAGACAUAUUUCAGGAGCUGUCACCACGACAGAUUGCUCAUCUUGGUCCGGAAAAUGGAGCUAUGGUGACAGAAUCUCAGCGAGCAUGUCUUAAUGCUACACAGCUGCACAGCUUGAAUUUGGCUCUGGAUGGCAUCAGAAUAAAAAUCCCAGUGGUUGAAUCUCUACCCACUAUAACUACAACGAAAGACAUGUCCUCGCCUGCUUCAGAAAGUACUACACUAGAAGCUGGAUACUGCAUCCUUCUGGCUCUUGCCUAUCACCUUUUUAUCUUAUGGAGGUGUCAUGCUUUGCCCUUUUGAUACUUUUAUCAAAAUAUUUUCAUUCGUUUUACGCUGUACAGAGACAUAAUACAGUCAUAAAUAAUAACUGGUCUGGUAUAACCUGGUCUAAUUUUGGUGUAAAUGAAAAGUAGAUAUAUUCAACCAAGUACAAAGCUGACUCACUCCUCCACUAGUCUAAUGGUGGCCAUAUUGUAGUCACACUUUACAUAAAAGCCUUACAUGUGCAUGGCCACCUUUCUAUUGUUCUGAGGAGAUAUGGCUCCUCUUCAUUUCUCUUUCCCAUCAUGGCCAAUAAUGCUUGAUCACCCAGGAUCCAUGCCAUACAUGCUCAGAUGGUCAGGCAUUAUGGUUGAAAGCAGAAAAAUGGCCUACCAAACUGGGCAUGUGUGGCCAGCUUAACUUCUCUACUGGAAUGACUCAUGGACUUCUAAGCUCUCCCUAGCAGAUGCACCCUGAUUGCUUGGACAACAUCCCUAAUCAACCCAAAGUCUAUUACAGAGAUUACAAUGGUUCAACAGUUUAUAUAAUGUGUAAUUUAUAUAUAUUUUAAUCUACAGAUUUAUACAGCCUGAUAAUGUAUAUGUAGUGCUUGGGUUUUAAGUAGGUGUUAUCCCCAUUAAAAUAAAUAUAUAAAACCCUGAAAGAUUAGGUGACAGAAGAAAAUUACAGCACUUUUUUAGCAUGUGUAAACUAUAAAAUGGAUUUAUCGAAAAAAAAAAUAAAAAAACAGGUUAUCCACCGA